GCCCUCAGUGUUUGGCGCGCCUGCGCCUGAAAGAGACACGCCUCUUCUUUCUGCAAGCCAUGUGGCUGUCGUUGCCAAAAUGUCUGCGGGCGUCGUGAACCUCGAGGCACAGGUGGAGUCGGUUCUCGGAGCGCUGGUCAAAGCUGCCACGGUGGAGUUAACCAAACUGUUCGAGAGCAGAUACCGAGCCUCGGCGCUGGAUGUGGAUGUGGGCCGCACGGAGGACAAAAAGCAGAAUGAGACACUGGAUAGUUUAACGACUGAGGACACCACACGUAGCAUCGGAGUGCAAGUGGACGAGGACAUUUAUGUGCCGUUUGAGCUUUCUGGACUCUCAGAUGGGGAUUGUUUGAGGGACUGCAGGGAGGAGGAUAAGGAAGUGGAGGUGGAGGGGUGUCUCAUUCCAUCAGAAAUCCUCCUGUCUGAACAUAAUGGCCAAGUUGACCCGGAGUGGUCACCUCUGAAGGAACAGGUUGUGGCAAAGACUGUAGAUAUGGUGGAGUUGAGCGGGAUUGAAGCAGAGUCUCCAACUCAAACAAAAGUUGUUUUGCAUGUCUCCGCAGAGAAAUUAAGACAUGGACCUAAGCGAAGCUCACCAGCUAAACAGAAGCUUAUCGUGAUCCAACCAGAUACGUGUGAUAUCGUUUCUGGAGAGAAGGUUAAGUUUGUCUGCCCGUUGAUCCUCAAGCCAGAGUCUCCAGCUCCCAAAACUGACAGUUCAGAGAAGCCUGUUCAAACCGAGCCUCAGCAGGUCUGUGUCAGCACAGCCAAGGGCACCGCCUACAGCCCGUCCCCGUCUGAUGGAGCUGUGACUCCUGCUCAGGUUGGGGUUUGGGAACGGAUCCGCACGCCAAAGGAGACGGCAAAUAACCUCCACAUGAAACUGAAACUGACUUCUCCAGAGCAAAAGCUGAUGAGUCCAUGUGUGGUACAACUGGUGGACGUGCUCACGGUGCCUGAGUCCGCGAUGAAGCUUCAGGAUGCUGUUGUCAAAGGUCAUGAUGCUAACUGCAAAACUGGUUGGCCUCUGCCCAAAGACCUCCGCCGCCACCAAGGUCUUCACACUGGCCACCGCCUCUGCUGCUUCACCCCCUGUGAAAACGGCGUUUGGCGGCUUCAGAAGGUGGUCACCCACUCCCGUGAUGGAUACCCUUGCAGCAUCUGUGGGAAGACGUUCAAGCGGAGGAAGAUUCUCCGACGGCACGAGCGCUUUCACACUGGAGAAAAACCAUACCCGUGCACUAUGUGCGCUAAGUCGUUUGCACUGAGGAAGAGCCUCCGACGCCACAUGAGGUUUCACACGGGGCAGAGGCCGCACACCUGCACGCAGUGCGGCAAAAGCUUCCGCCUGCGAGACAAUCUGAAAGCACACCUGAGGUUUCACUCUGGGGAGAAGCCUUACAACUGUGCUACUUGUGGCAAGAUGUUCAGGAUCCUAAAAAAUCUGGAGAAACACAAAAUGAGCCAGUGUGGAUUCUUUGUUCCUUCAUUCAGGACAAUUGCUGGCUUGUAGCAGUGUAAAAACAGCUGUCAGUAGCUGGUUGUGGGGGUUUCACCACUUUCUACCUCAGACUGAAAACACUGUAUCGCUUUUGUAGAAUACUGUCAUGCAAUGUUCAGAUAAGAAAGUUAAAAGGCUAUGAGAGUUUAUAAGCAUUACUACUACUUGACACUUUUUUGCAUAAUAUCUUUUGAGAAACAUGAUCAGUCUGCACAAGGGUCCCCUCCACAUGGCACAGUUAACCAAGUAUACUACAUAUGUGCUGAAGAACUUCAGAUUGGAGAUUGUUGUGUCUUGUAAAUGGGUUGGAACCGUGGCUGUAUAAUAAUAACUGGAUAACAGAUCUAAAAAAUGGUGCCUAUUUAGUUCAUUGGAGUUGCUCGCCUGGCUUAUACGCUGAAAACUUUUCUAAGCUUCCGGAUUGACUUAAGAGAUAUAGUGCAGUAGUGUUUGGACCGCUGGCCCGCCCACUCAGCCCAUAGACUUUUAAAUCGCUUUCCUCGGCUGGAGGGAAGUUUUUCAGAUAUCAAAAGUCCAAGGACUAACAAUUCAGAAUAGAAAUAGUCAUAAUCAACCUGCAGUUUGUUGUGUCCUGUCAACAGUUUAACAGGCGUCUCUUUUACAAUGGUGGCCUAUGGGGAAAAUCUUCUUUUGGGUUGCAGUGGGAUUUCUUGUUGCAAUUCCGCAGGUGGCUACUGGAAAAAAAUUGUCUGCAGGGCUGAGCGAAAUUCCUGGGGGCCUGAUUGAAACGCAUCAGUAAAAUUGUAUGCCUUUGUGGGUACAGAUAGAAGAUAUCUGGUUGAUUGGAUGGGCAAAAUACAGAUCCUCACCUGCCAGCGUUCCACUAAUGUUUCUUUUGGAUGUUUAUACUGUUUUUAUGUUAUUACUUUUUUACUUUACACUAUGUCUCUUAUCAAAAAGUGUUUGGUUUUGUAUUCAUGUUAUGAUAACUGAAUGUAUUUAGACUUCUUUCCUGACCUAGAUGUCAAAGACUAUCCUUGCUGACUUUAUAAGACAUUCUGUUUUAAUGUUAACGUGUAAAUAUGGCCAAACAAAUUGGAUGUUCUCUUUUUUUUUAAACUGUUUAACAAGGUUUUUUAUAUUACCUAAUACAUGUCUGUGUUGAUUUUUUUUUUCUUACUUCUGAUGCUAUAUACAAUUUUCUUGUGUAUUAAUAAAAAAUAUGUUUUGUGGCAGA